CUCUUCAGACUUCGGGCACGACAGUGCAUGCCACUGCUCUCUCGAUCACAGACCAAGGCCAUGGACCGGAAGACGGGAGAAUCCCUCCUGGCCUAUGAGGAACGCCUGGCUGCAUUCAUCCAGGAGGCCAACGAUAGGGCCGUUGCCGUGACCAAGGAACGUAACCGGAUCGAGCAAGAAGAGAAGGCCAAGCAACAGCAGGAGGAACAAGACGGACUUCGUCAAGAGGAGGCAGACCUGCAGGCUGCAGCUGAACACCGGUCACGCCAACGUGAACGACUGUUCACGCGGGAGACCGUGAUCAGCGAUGAGACCACACAUUGGGUGGAAAUGGCAUCUGCGGACGAGGCCUCGGAGACUGACAAAGGGUUGUCAGCCGUUGCGCAGAUCUCCCACGACAUCGUGGCCACCUGCGCUCUACAGCAGGAGGAAAUCCUUCACCUGCAGCAAACAGUGGACCAGAUGUUUGUACGGCUGCAGGCGUUGAAGAAACAGCCAGUUGCUGCAGCAGCCGCAGGGCUUUCCAACCUUGCAACCCGUGUUCAAGUUUUGGAGGAUGACGUCAACAACAUCAAGCGUGUGCAUCAGGACUUUCGGACGUCACAGCAAGCAACAAACUUGCAGUUGGAGAUGAAGGUCCAGGCUGCUGCUACCGUGAUGCCUGCGGCCGCAUCCUCCCAACGCCCACCCAAACUGGAUGACCUUCCAGUUUUCUACGAUCAGUCCAAGACGGACCCGAUUCCGUGGUGGCGCCAAUUCACUCUCAGGCUCGACAUGCACCAUGUCCUGAACAACGAUCGACAUGCGUGCUUGUACCACCAAUCUGGUGGUGCAUGUCAAGCAUGGCUGGACAACAUAUUGACAAGCCACGGCGUAGCAGUGUCGGAACUACACACCAAGCUCACUUGGCAGGAGCUGACGGACGCCUGGCACAAGCGAUUCCAAGUGGAGCCGCCCGACUUGCAGGCGAUGGAGAAGUUAAACAAGCUCCAUCAGAACUCGCUUCUCAGUGAGGACUGGAUUACCGAGUUCCAAAGACUCGCCUCCAUACCCUACCUGCCACUUGCAUUCCGCGGCGUCAAGCACUUGUUCAUCAUGCCCUUGUGCCCAACCCUGCAAAACGCGCUGACGCAGAUUGCAGAGACACUCGACACGUCGGACAAGCUUUUCAUCACAGCGUCAUGGAUCAUUCUUACGAAUGUAGAAGCCCGCAACGCCGACCGAUCUUCCGCGACGUCGAGCAGCAACCAGCCCAAGCCAAAGGUGGCUUGCAUUGCGACGACUUCGCCAACUUCUACCGAGGCUGCAACACCGAACGAGGCCCGGUACAAAGCYAACCGCGACAAAUGCGAGUUUGUCCAGCAAGAGCUUGAAUGCUUGGGUCAUCUUGUAUCCCCGGAAGGCAUUCGUCCGUUGGCGGACAAGAUUCAAGCCAUCCAGGAGUGGCCCGAGCCGAAGAAUGUGACGAACGUCCGAUCCUUCCUCGGCUUGGCCGGUUAUUAUCAGCGCUUCAUCAAGGGUUACUCGAAGAUCGCGGCCAACCUAAGCAAGUUAGAAAGCGAGGAGCGGCCUUUUGACUUCGACGACGAUGCGCGACAUUCUUUUGAAACACUCAAAGCGGUACUUUUGUCCGCCGAGGUGUUACACAUUUAUGACCCACUCCUAGCUACACGCGUCACCACCGAUGCAUCUGGCUAUGGCAUUGGGGCCGUCCUUGAGCAGCACGAUGGCACGGACUGGCACUCGGUCGAGUACUUUAGCAAGAAAGUGCCUCCCGUGCAUUCGAUCGACGACGCACGAAAGAAGGAGCUUCUUGCCUUCGUCCACGCCCUCAAGCAUUGGCGGCAUUUCCUCCUUGAUCAGCAAGCAUUCCGAUGGGUAACAGAUAACAAUCCGUUGGUAUUCUACAAGUCACAAGACACGAUUAACAGUACCAUUGCCCGUUGGAUGACUUUCAUCGACCAGUUUGACUUUUUCCCCGAUCACAUUCCCGGGAAGUCAAACCGCUUUGCGGACGCCCUCUCACGGCGACCGGAUCUUUGCACCGCAGUCUUCUCUACCUUCGAGAUCGACGACGACUUGCGGGAGAGUUUUAUCCGCGGCUAUCGAGUCGACCCCCACUUUCGCGACAAGUACGCGAAUUGCUCCUCUCCGAAUCCGGUGCCUUCGCAUUAUCGGAUCCAAGAGGGCUACUUGCUUGUGCAUUCAUGGGCUAAGGAUCUUCUUUGUGUGCCGAGUGAUUCACACUUGCGCACACGGCGUCUUGGUGAGUUUCAAGAUGCGGCCGCCUCCAGACAUUUUGGUGUCAACCGUACACUUGGCCGACUUCGCCAGCGGUUCUAUUGGCCCGACCUUGUCAAGGACGCCACCCGCUAUUGUGAGUCGUGCGAAGUCUGUCGGCGUUGCAAGUCACGCAACCAUCGUCCGUUCGGCGAGCUACACCCACUACCAGUUCCCCUUGGGCGACGAGAAGCAAUUGCUAUGGAUAUGACCGGCCCCUUCCCGAAGCAGAAGACCAGCGUUGAUGGGAUCCUCACGGUCGUUGACCGCCUCACCAAGUACGCCAUGUUUUUGCCUUGCCGCUAUCACGCAAACGCACCGGAGUUAGCCGAGGUCUUAUACACCGGUUGGAUUCGCUCCAAGGGCUACCCCAAGGAGAUCGUUUGCGACCGGGACACUCGCUUUCUCUCCGACUUUUGGGUCGCCCUCGUCAAGCGAUGGGGCUCAUCUUUGAAGCCGAGUUCAGCUUGCCACCCGCAAACCGAUGGUCAAACGGAAAGGGCGCAUCAGACCGCUCAAGUCCUUCUACGCACUCUCAUCCGUCCCGACCAGGUUGAUUGGGUUGAGCGCUUGCCAGACGUUGAGUUGGCUUACAACUCAUCGAUCCAUCCGGCUAUCGGGAUGUUGCCGUUCGAGUUUGAGCAUGGUUCACCCAUCUCAUCGCCGCUGGACGCCAUUUUGCCGCGCACAGCCGAGAGCGACGACCAUCUUGCGUUCCUUCGUCGAAUGCAAGAGCUCCUUGUCAAGGCACGGGAUCAGAUGUCAAAGAAGCAAAUUCGGAUGAACCAUCAAGCCAACCGCAAUCGUCUCCCUUGCCCGUUCCGCGCCGACGAUCUGGUUUGGGUCUCCGCCGCGGAGUUCAGCCUUGAGCAAGACAUCUCUCGCAAGCUCCUUCCCAAGUGGAUGGGGCCUUGGCGCAUUCACUCUGCAGUUGGUGAUGAUCCCGAGGGGCCUUCAUUCCGCAUCGCGGUGUCACCUCUUUUGCCCGUCCACCCGAUGUUCCACUGUUCCAAACUCGCUCCUUUUGCUUCAGCGGAGUCCGACGAGUUUCCCGGCCGACGUACGCAAGACCCUCCUUCCAUGGACAGAUUUCAGGAGGCCGGCUAUAUCAUCACCGAGCGGCGCCAUGGCAACAAAGAGACGGAGUUUCUACUUCACUUCUCCUACUGCAGCCACAAGGCUGACCGUUGGCUGACGCGUUCGGAACUGCAGGCCACAGCUCCUGUCGUUCUCUCACGUUAUCUUAGCCAAGGGAAGACUACGCCGAGCACUCCAGCUCCUCGCCAUCCUCGCUACAUUCCGCCAUCGGAUCGGCAGCUUCGCCCGCGCCCCGGUUCGUCUUCAUAAGGAGGGGGGCGCGUUACAUGUUGAGAGCCUACACACGGGCCCCUCACGGGACCCGAGGUUGGAAUAGGGCCCCCAGGUCGCGUCACCGCAACC